ACCGGGGACCGCGCAGGGAAGUUCCAUCCUGGUUCCGUCCACUUUGACAACCGGGUCGGAGGAGCUGGUGGGUCGGCUCCGGGACCAUGUCCGGGCCGCGGAGGGCCGCUCAUCAUGCAGUGGAAGCGGCAGCUGGGCGGCCUGGUGUUCAGCGGCCUGUUCACCCUGUUCUACUUCACUAACAAGUUCGUCCUCUCUGUUUUAAAGUUCACCUUCCCGACAUUAUUCAAGGGUGAAUGGCAGACUCUUAUCGGUUCCGUCCUCCUCCUCCUCUCAGUGAAACUGGGUUUAGUGGAAAUGAGUCGAAUCAACAGAUCGGCGGCGCUGUCGUGGCUUCCAGGUUCGGUUCUGUUUGUCGGGAACAUUUACGCCGGAUCCAGAGCUUUAUCCCGAAUCGACAUUCCGUUCUUCUUCACUCUUCAGAAUUCCUCUCAUGUUGUCAGUUACAUCAUCCUGAAGGUCGUCCAUAGAGAGAGAAUGCAGUGGCUGAAAUUGAUCAGGUUUUGUCCUUAUAUCAUGACAUGCGAGCAGCAGUGCAUUAACUAUGUGUUCAGUGUGCGCUGUUGGCCGUCGCUGCUCCAUCCAACAGGUGACCUGAUGGCGGCGUUGGCCUUCCCGUCCCUCCAGUCCUACACCUUCCACUGCGGCUGCUGUGCCAGGUUCAGACUCGCACGCCCUGUUGGGUUUCUGUUGCUAUUGGCGACGGUCAAACUGAAAAGUGGACUGUCUGUUGAACACCUGAAGGUCUGGAUGUUUGUGGCCAAGGUUUCUGCCAUGUCUCUGUCUCCGUUUAUGUUUGACAUGGACAUGAAUGUUAACAGCUCUCAUUGCGUCAUCGUGAGUCACGUCGGCGAAGCCACUGUUGGUUCAUUCAGAGAGAGAAACCUCAGCUGUAACGACAAAACGCCAAACGGACAAAUUGCACUUCAGAGAUUAACGUUUCCAUCUUUCAAUUUGAAUAUUUUCUCACUGAUAUAUUUUUUGUACUUCUCUCAGACGUGUUCUGAUCAAUUCCUGAUUUAAUAAACUAUGUUUAUGUA